AGUGGAAUACGGUUAUAGGGGUCCGUCACUCAUUCUCUCUCUCGCGCGCAUCCGUGGCUCUCAGAGGAAGCUCGUGCUGAAAGAACGGCUGGGAGCGCAACACACAAGGACGCAGCGCGAGAGAGGACAGCACGCGCAAAGAGGUGCACCUGUAUAUCCACGCUGUUCACUCGCCGAUGUGCGGAUAGUGUGAGAGCAUCCAGAAGAGAUAUUCUACACCCCGCGCAUACCCAUGCUUGGGAUUUGGCUUUCUUUUUCUUCGCUAAUGCAAAAGGAAAUAUGCACCGAAGCCUCACACUGCUCUGCACCAGUUUUCUGGGAUUGUGCUUCGGUUCCAGUUUCCCAAGUAAUAUCAACAUAGGAGGAUUGUUCCCAACCGAAUCACACGAAUAUGAAGUGUUUCGGUUUGCGCUCUCGCAUCACCAGGAUAUCCCUAAACUGGUACCUCAAGUGGAUAUGGUCAAAAUGGGGAAUAGCUUCUCCAUGACAUAUGCUUUCUGUUCGCAGUUCUCAAAAGGGGUGUAUGCCAUCAUCGGUGUGUACGACAGGAAGACCGUCAACAUGUUGAUGUCAUUCUGCGGUGCACUACAUGUCUGCUUUGUGACGCCCAGCUUCCCCAUGGAAAACUCCAACCAGUUUGUCAUCCAGCUGAGACCCGAACUGCAAGAUGCCCUGGUGGGCGUUAUCGAGCACUACAAGUGGUCAAGGUUCGUCUACAUGUACAGCUCGGACUCUGGACUGGCAGUUCUGCAGAAGGUUCUGGACACAGCAGCAGAGCAUAACUGGCUAGUGACCUCCGUGAACGUGGAGACAAUGACAGAAGCAUCGUUCCUCAAAGUGUUCCAGGACCUGGACAAAAGAAAGGAGGGCCAGAUCAUCAUUGACUGUGAGCUGGAGAGACUCACCUCCAUCCUGAAGAAGAUCAUCGAGCUUGGGAAGAACGUGAAGAGUUAUCACUACAUCCUAGCAAACCUGGGAUUUCUGGACGUCGACCUGACAGAGUUUAAGAAGGGUGAGGCGAAUGUAACAGGCUUCCAGCUGGUGAACUACGCAAACCCUAAUAUUAGUAGGACAGUGCAGCAGUGGUUGGACUUUGAAAACAAAGAUGCCAAAGUUCCCAAGCGAGGACUGAAGUACACUGGAGCUCUCACAUACGAUGGGGUCAAAGUCAUGUCCACAGCCUUCCAGAACCUCCGCAGGCAGAGGAUAGAUAUAUCUCGACGUGGAAACGCGGGAGAGUGUCUGGCCAACCCACCAGCACCUUGGGGCCAGGGCAUUGAUAUUCAGAGAGCACUUCAGCAGGUUCGGAUUGAAGGCUUAACGGGACACAUUCAGUUUAACGAGAAGGGACGAAGGACAAACUACACUGUCAGUGUGAUGGAGCUCAGGCCGACGGGACCGAAAAAAGUGGGUUACUGGAAUGAGGAUGAGAAAUUUGUGAGCACGGCGGCCUACAUUCCAGGCAUUAAUGAGACUUACGGACUUCAGAACCGCACAUAUAUUGUUACCACUAUUCUGGAAUCACCAUAUGUCAUGCUGAAGAAGAACCACGAGCAGUUUACAGGAAAUGAUAAAUAUGAAGGUUACUGUGUGGAACUGGCAGCAGAGAUAGCCAAACAUGUAGGAUACCACUACAUACUCAAGAUAGUGGCUGAUGGGAAAUAUGGAGCCAGAGAUGCUGAGACCAUGAUGUGGAAUGGAAUGGUGGGGGAACUUGUCUAUGGUAAAGCUGACGUAGCUGUGGCCCCACUGACCAUAACCCUUGUCAGGGAGGAAGUCAUCGAUUUCUCCAAGCCUUUCAUGAGCCUCGGCAUCUCCAUCAUGAUCAAAAAGCCCACCAAGUCCAAGCCUGGUGUGUUCUCUUUCCUGGACCCUCUGGCCUAUGAGAUCUGGAUGUGUAUUGUGUUUGCCUACAUCGGAGUGAGCGUGGUGCUUUUCCUAGUCAGCCGCUUCAGUCCCUACGAGUGGCACGCAGAGGACUAUGACGACGGAGCUGAACAGAACCCUAACCAGCCCUCCUCGUCAUCCGCCCAACCGGGUCAGGGCCAACAGAACCAGAACCAGCAGAGUCAGGAGCAGAGCAAUGAGUUUGGCAUCUUCAACAGUCUCUGGUUCUCAUUAGGAGCUUUCAUGCAGCAGGGCUGUGAUAUCUCCCCCAGGUCUCUCUCUGGCCGUAUCGUAGGUGGUGUGUGGUGGUUCUUCACUUUAAUCAUCAUCUCCUCAUACACAGCCAACCUAGCUGCUUUUCUCACAGUGGAGAGGAUGGUGUCCCCCAUCGAGAGUGCAGAGGAUCUGGCCAAACAGACGGAGAUUGCUUAUGGGACUCUAGACGCCGGCUCCACCAAGGAGUUUUUUAGGAGGUCAAAGAUUGCGGUCUUUGAAAAGAUGUGGUCCUACAUGAAAUCAGCAGACCCUUCAGUGUUUGUGAAAACCACAGAUGAAGGAGUUAUACGGGUGAGGAAGUCCAAGGGAAAGUAUGCCUAUCUGCUGGAGUCUACCAUGAAUGAGUACAUCGAGCAGCGAAAACCCUGCGACACUAUGAAGGUCGGAGGGAACCUCGACUCCAAAGGCUACGGCAUCGCCACCCCCAAAGGAUCACCUCUCAGAAUCCCAGUUAACCUAGCGGUGUUGAAACUCAGUGAGCAAGCCGUCUUAGACAAACUGAAAAACAAAUGGUGGUACGAUAAGGGGGAGUGUGGAAGCAAGGACUCCGGAAGAAAGGACAAGACCAGUGCUCUUAGCCUCAGCAAUGUGGCUGGGGUCUUCUACAUUCUGAUCGGUGGUCUGGGUCUGGCCAUGCUGGUGGCCCUGGUGGAGUUCUGCUACAAGUCCAGAACAGAGUCCCGCAGAAUGAAGCAAUCCAUCAACGACGCCAUGCGCUGCUCCACGCUGACCAGGAUGAGUGGGAACGGUAGCGGUGGGGAGAACGGGCGGAUCGUCACACAUGACUUCCCCAAAGCUGUGCAGACGCUGCCGUGCAUGAGCCACGCGGCCAGCAUGGGCCUGGGAGCCUCUGGCAUGUGACCAUCUUGACGGAGCGGCACGCGUCACAUGUAACGCACGGACCUCCCGUUCACCUGCCGUCUGCCCCUAUGUCUGUCUGCUCGCCCGCAACAGACGCACCGUACUGCCAAAAUGCACUCGAAGACUCUUCUCAGUGAAUAGCCACCAAUAAAACUCUUUUCUAAAGAAAGACGAAACAUUUUAAAAGAGGGGGGAAAUGUGCUGCAAUAACAAGCCUGUGGGACUCUUUUGGGGGGGGGGAAAUGUUAAUUUAUGUCAUGAAUUUAAAAAACAAAAAGUGAAGUCACGUGUCUGAUUCGACACUCGCCCUGUGCCAAUAUUAUAAACCUGUUUACUUCUGUCUGAGUGUGCAAUAUUUUAGUUCAUAUCAGUGUUCGACAAUGUUGUCUCUAACUUGAUUUUCUUUACAAGAAAUAGCUCACAGAGUUUCUUUACAAGGAUUUUGCACAGAUAUGUUCUAUGAUAUGACAAAUACAGCAUUUCUGUAAGUUCCUUUACCUUAUACUUACUAAAAAAAAAAGAGUUGAAGCAAGCUAAUGAGCAAGAUCUUAUUCAUUAAGAUGGAUCCAGUGCACCGUAAACAACUUUGCUCCUUUCUCUCCAUCACUGCAUAUUGAAGAAACAUAUCAGCUCAUUUAAAGACGUGUCGAUAGUGUAAAUACUCUGAUGUAAAUCUGAGACUGAGUAAGGGAUAAAUUUGAUUUGUUGUCGAUUGGUAGAACAUAGCUGAAAUGAACUUGUUGAUAAUCUUGCUCUGUGAUUUCCCACCUUAUGUACCUUGCAUAGCUGCUGCGCCUAGUUUCAGGCACCAUACCUCAUCGGAGACCUGGGAGUGAGCCGCCACGUUUUGAUUGCCACUUCUUUGUGAGCUCUCCCAGGAAGGAGGAAAAUUUGACCUCAGUUAUGGGCAAAUGAGCUAAUUUGUCCCCAACACAAACCAUUGGGUCUCACUAAGGUGAAGCCAAAGAGUAUGCUUGAAUGAUGGUGCUGUAACGUAACAAAAAAGGACUUAUUAUGAUACUUUGCUAAUGAUUCUUUCACCCACAAUUAGGCCUGCAUGGGAUAUCCAGAGAUUUCCACCAAAUCCAAAUGCCCAUCAUUGAGUCUUUUUAUAUAUCCCCUGUCAUAUUUGGCUAAUUUGAUAAUCCUAAAAGUGUGACUCUAUAUAUAUAAUUCAUUUAAAAUCCAUUCAACAAAAUUGUCCCCCUCAAUUAGUGCAAAAUUUGUAAAUAAAUGGAUGUGGGCCUAAGGCUAAAAUUAUCAUCAUUUACUCACCCUCAUGUCAUUCCAAAUGCGAAAUUUUCCUCCGUGGAACACGCACAAAUAUUUUGAAAAAAAAAAAAAAGUUGUUUUUUGUCCAUAAAAUGAAUUUAAUGACUUUGGACCGCAAUGACUUUCAUUGUUUAAACAAAAAACAUUGAUAUUCACAGAAGAAAGUCUUGCAGGUUUGGAACGACAUGAGGAUGAAAAAAUGAUAGUUUGUUCCCUUUUUGUUUUCACUCCGAGUUACAUUGGAUGACGACACGUCACCACUCGCUGAUUUCAUCCGCCUUUCCUCCCCUCGAUGGGGCAGCUGCCCGUGGGUACACUGGGCUCCCCUCGGUUGAACGCUCUGUUGCAAUGCAACUGUGUCCUCAGAGUGCUUCUCGCGGCGAGCCUAAGAACCCAUCCAAAGCCUGUAAAUUUUCGUCUUCAUUUGUGGCGAAAUCUUACAGAGUGGUGGGACAGGCAGCUGCUUUUCUCUGCAUGCUAUAGCCACUCUGCAGGUCUACCAGGCUCAGAUACUCAGAGACAUGCACGAGAGUAGGACAGACCCAGGGCUCUUUGAUGAGCUCCGUGCCGCCACCGACCUCCCUCUCCCAGGCAACAAAGGUGACCGCAUGCUCCCUGGAUUUGGUGACGUCCACAGCCAUGGUGCAGGAGAGACUUCUCUGGCUGAACCUGGCCGAGAUGAAGGACGCUGAGUUGUCCCGGCUGCUCGACACCCCAUGUCCCAGGCUGGCCUUUUCGGUGGUGCAGUCGAGGACUUUGCCCAACAGUACUAUUCAGAGGCAGACUGAGGCCAUAAAGCACAUCCUGCCCCGUCAGCCCGCUGCUGCCUCCACCCAGCCAGCCGGGCAGGUGCCUCAGUCUGCUCGCCCCAAAGGGCGCCCUCCUGCGGCUCCCACGCCUUCACCCGGUCCGGUCCUGCAGGAAGCCAUAAGAAGGCACCCCAGACCUCUCCAGCACCACCCCAUGCUAAACGCCAGGCCAAGCGGUGCUCCUGAGACGAGCUGCUCAGGAAUGAUUGUCAAUUUGCGCUGGUGGCUACCAUCACUUCCGCUAGAGCAUCGUCCACGAGACACACCUACAUGUUGAAGUGGAACCUCUACAUCAACUGGUGCUCUUCUCGACGAGAAGAGCCCUGGAGAUAUUCGAUCGGUGCUUUCAUUCCUUCAAGAUGGGUUGGAGUGAAGGCUCUCUCCCUCCACCCUCAAAGUAUACGUUGCCGCUAUUGCCGCACACCAUGAUACAUUGGAAGGUAACUCCGUAGAGAAGCAAGACCUGGUCGUCAGGUUCCUGAGAGGAGCGAGGAGGCUGAAUCCCUCUCGGGACCUCUCAGUGGUUCUAACUGCCCCACAGAGUGCUCCCUUUGAGCCUCUUCAAUCAGUGGAGAUUAAGUUCCUGUCUAUGCUGGUUGCACUGCACUGGUUCUCACUGGAUAGUGGAUGCCAUUGCUUUGGCAUUCCGGCAGCAAGGUCGACCGUGGCCCCUUUAUGUGACUGCCCACUCCACCCGGAGUGUGGCAUCCUCUUUGGCUCUAGUGCAUGGUGCAUCGCUAACAGACAUCUGCAGAGCUGCAGGCUGGGCGACACCCAAUACUUUCGUCAUAUUCUACAAUCUCCGAGUGGAGCCUGUGUCCACUCAUGUACUUGCUUCAAACAGCUAGUACUGGACCUGCUCCGGUGUCUACAAUUUCUCGCCAAUCCACGUAUCCAGUCCGCCUCCAGUGUUUAUGGUCCCUCCCCUGAGUGACCCCCACAUGUGUAUUUCCACUGUAAGUCUCUCUGAGCAUGUGUCUUUCCCUUUGCGAGCCAGCUUGCCACCCCUGUGGUUGAAAUAUUCCACCUGCGGCUGGACAGCCCAGUGUUCUCUAUACCUUACAUACAUUUCUUUGCCAUUGGCUCGUUUUGUAAUACUAAAAAAAAAAA